GGUUUAGGACCGGUCUGGUUUGGUAGGCGCUUUCAUCUCUCCUCUCUUUCCUUUCCUUUCCUUUCCUUUCCUUUCCUUCUCUUCUCUGCAUAUAAACCCCACAAAUCAUUUCUCAUUCCGUAUAACUCAGUGUCUCUCCCAACUGAAUCAAAGCCCAAGCUCAUAUCCAGAGAGACUCUGAUUGCGAAAUUCGCGGAACCUCUUUACCAAUUCGCAAAUCCUCUGUAAUUUCACAACCAUGGAAUCUACUCCGGACAAGCUAUCGCCGUUGGAUUUGAUGACUGCGAUUUUGAAAGGAGUGAAGCUCGACAAUUCCAACGGCUCCGCGGAGGCGGCGCAGCCGGCCGUGGUGGCGAUGCUCAUGGAGAACAAGGAUCUCAUGAUGAUGCUCACCACAUCGCUCGCCGUGCUCCUAGGGUUCGCCGUCUAUCUCAUAUGGCGUCGCGGAGCCGGAUCGGCGAAGAAGGCGGUCGAGCCGCCGAAGCUCGUAGUCCCUAAAUCGCUCUCCGAGGCCGACGAAGAGGAUGACGGCAAGAAGAAGGUCACCAUAUUUUUUGGUACGCAGACUGGUACAGCCGAAGGCUUUGCUAAGGCCCUUGCCGAGGAAGCUAAAGCCAGAUACCCACAGGCCAACUUUAAAGUGGUUGACUUGGAUGAUUAUGCCGCUGAUGAUGAAGAGUAUGAGGAGAAGAUGAAGAAGGAGAAUUUCACAUUCUUUUUCUUGGCAACAUAUGGAGAUGGUGAGCCUACUGACAAUGCUGCUAGGUUUUACAAAUGGUUUUCCGAGGGAAAAGAGGAUGGUGACUCGUUUAAGAAUCUCCAUUAUGGUGUAUUUGGACUUGGAAACAGGCAGUAUGAGCAUUUCAACAAGAUAGCAAUAGUGGUGGAUGAGAUUCUCGCCAAGCAAGGUGCAAAGCGGCUUAUCCCCGUGGGCCUUGGGGAUGACGAUCAAUGCAUUGAAGAUGACUUUUCAGCAUGGCGUGAGAAUGUAUGGCCAGAAUUGGAUAAUUUGCUUUGCGAUGAGGAUGAUGCAACAACUGUUUCAACUCCAUACACUGCUGCAGUUUUGGAGUAUCGUGUUGUGUUCCAUGACCAACCAGAAGGACUGGCCUCGGAGAAUGGCUUAGCCAAUGGCCAUGCCAAUGGCACUGCUUCCUAUGAUGCUCAGCGUCCCUGCAGGGCAAAUGUAGCUGUAAAGAAAGAACUUCAUACUCCUCUAUCUGAUCGUUCUUGCACUCACUUGGAAUUCGACAUAUCUGGCAGUGGAUUGGAGUACGAAACAGGGGAUCAUGUUGGUGUUUACUGUGAAAACAUGAUUGAGACUGUAGAGGAAGCCGAAAGGUUGCUUGGUCUAUCUCCUCAAACAUACUUCUCUAUUCACACUGACAGAGAGGACGGCACACCACUUGGUGGAAGUGCCCUACCACCUCCCUUCCCGCCUUGCACUUUGAGGACAGCACUAAGCCGAUAUGCUGAUCUUUUAAGUGCUCCCAAAAAGUCAGCUUUGAUCGCAUUGGCUGCCUAUGCUUCGGACCCAAGCGAAGCUGAUCGGCUCAAACAUCUUGCUUCCCCUGCUGGGAAGGAUGAAUAUGCACAGUAUGUCGUUACUGGUCAGAGAAGCCUGCUUGAGGUCAUGGCUGAGUUCCCAUCAGUCAAGCCUCCUCUUGGUGUUUUCUUUGCAGGAAUCGCUCCUCGGUUGCAGCCUCGGUUCUAUUCCAUCUCCUCCUCCCCAAAGAUCGCACCUUCAAGAAUUCACGUCACUUGUGCACUGGUGUAUGAGAAAACUCCCACAGGAAGAAUCCACAAGGGUGUCUGCUCAACAUGGAUGAAGAAUGCCGUGCCAUUGGAGGAAAGCCCUGACUGCUCUUCAGCACCGAUUUUUGUUAGGACCUCUAACUUCAGACUACCUGCUGAUCCUAAACUACCAAUUGUCAUGAUUGGCCCCGGAACUGGCUUGGCUCCAUUCAGGGGUUUCCUUCAGGAAAGAUUAGCUCUGAAGGAAUCUGGUGCUGAACUGGGUCCUGCUGUGUUGUUCUUUGGUUGCAGGAACAGCAAAAUGGACUUCAUUUAUGAAGAGGAAUUGUAUAACUUUGUUAAAGCUGGAGUGAUCUCUGAGCUCGUCCUUGCAUUCUCACGCGACGGACCUACCAAGGAAUAUGUUCAACAUAAAAUGGCACAAAAGGCUUCAGAGUUGUGGAAUAUGAUAUCUGAAGGAGGAUAUGUUUAUGUAUGUGGUGAUGCCAAGGGCAUGGCGCGUGAUGUCCAUCGAACUCUCCACACCAUCGUGCAAGAACAGGGUUCUCUGGACAGCUCGAAAACUGAGAGCUUCGUAAAGAAUCUGCAGAUGACAGGAAGAUACUUGCGCGAUGUAUGGUAAUAGUUGCUACGGUGAUUUUGAAUAAAAGUCGGGAGGCUAUUAUACCGAACGACUUUUCACGGGUUGUGACCAAAACUGGCGAAUGAAUUAUCUUGUGAAUUAUAUAGGAGGGUAAUAUGCAAAUAGUUGCCUACCAAAACCCAAGGGAAAUCUCAGUGUUGUAAUCUUGCUUUUUUUGUCAUUCUUUAUUAAGGAAUUUUUUUGUUCGGCUUGCUUCGAAAUAUAAAUAUAUAUAUUAUAUACACAUAUUUACUGAAUUUUAUGUUAGUAGACGAGUUAGGGAAAGACCCAUUGUAAUCUGAAUCAACCGAGAAAUAUGGUUCUUCCUACACAUGUUCAUUUUGCACC